GAUGGGAAAGCUGGGAGUCUGCAGUGCUGCAGCUCCCCAGUGGGGCUCUCUUCACUCGAGCAUGAAGCUCAAUUUUUAGGUGUUCCUCAAUCAAAACAAGGAUCAGUGCCUUUGGAAAGAGCAAAGUUGCAGCCGUUACUUAUGGAACAACUUUUUUCUGACCCUGCAACCCAGUAUCGGGUUCCCACACUUGGGGAAGCCCCCUCUGGAGACCCCCCUGAUCCAAAAAAAUGUUCUCCUCGAGAAUACUUGGAGUUUUACAUAUUCCCAGUGCUCUUACCCGGGCUGGCUGCUCUUGUGGAAGAAGCAGAGAAGGAGAAGUGCUUUGAGGGGAAAAGAACCAAAUUUAUUCCCUCUGAUUUCCUAACUGAGUGGUUAUACAACAAGAAUCCAAAGAGGAAAGAUGAGUCAUUCACAGAAUUGUUUUCCAUUCCUUUUGUUAAGGACUGGCUAAAGGACCAUCCUAGACCACCAAUUCCUCUAUCUCUGCUUAUAUCAGAAGAAGAAGCAAGCAUACUAAUUCAGUCCUUCUGGAGAGGUUAUCGGGUUCGUUGUGAUAGUGAAAUACAAGAGCUACGUCAGUGGCAAAAGAAGCUGAGACAGGAGAGGCACAUUACUGAGGUAGUGAAAAAAUUCUGGAUUAAACAGGAAGCCAAAGUGGGAAGCAAAUCAGAAGAGCUGGACUAACGUACACAAAAUCCUUCAACAUCUCAAUUUUAAUUUCCUCACUAAAAUUUCAAAGCACAGAGCUCA